AUGCUCACAGGUGCCCGAAGUGGGUUAACUCUCUCCCUAGAAACCAACCUGCGCACCCUCUUUAUGAGGCUCCUCGCAGCCUGCAAACAGGGAUCUCUCUCUACCGUCCGCUCCAUCGUGCCCACCCUCUAUCCUGCCUCUUCGCCUCCUUCACCCUCUGCACUUGUCCCUCCAUUUAAGAUUGCCCUCGCAACAGCCGCUCAACAUGGCCAGGCAGAUGUUCUUCGAUAUCUCCUCAGUUCUCCACAAUGCUCAGCUUCACAUACUCCCUGGUCGUCUCAGUUCCAGAAGCCCCCUUCCUCUCUCUCAGAACAAUGGCAAAUGGUUGCCCACCCUGAUCUAGUUGUCAUAUGCGCCAUCAGCUCUUCGGUCAAUUUCCUACUGGAGAAGGGAGCUGAUGUGAAUGUCAUGCUUUGGAUCCCACCCUGGAGUUUCUUGGCACACGCAGCCACCCUUCCUUCUAUCGACAUCUUGAACGCAUUGCUGGAUUACCGCGCGAAGCUGCCUGGUUCUACUGCUCGAGGACGGCUGCCCAGGUGGGGAACAUCAAGAUGGCUGAGGUUUACUAGAGAGGGGGAUAGAUGUGAAUGA